UUCCGAGUUCCGCCGAGUAACGCCGAGUGAUGAGGAGAAUCAGCUGACUGCGAGGCUCCGUCGAUGGAUCAUUCCUCCGUUUUCUCAGAGAAUCAGAAAUAAAAGCAGCUUCUGGUUGAUCGAUAAACGCGGACAUGCCGUCGCUUCUGUUCUGCGGGCCGAAGAUGGCCGCGUGCGGGAUCGUGAUCAGCAUCUGGGGGGUCAUCAUGCUGGCGAUGCUGGGAAUCUUCUUCAGCGCGAAGUCGGCCGUGCUGAUCGAGGACGUCCCGUUCACCGAGGAGGACAUCCGUAACGAUAAAAACCCUCCUCAGAACAUCUACAGUCUGUACAACCAGGUCGGCAUCAACUGCUUCAUCGCCGCCGGCAUCUACGUGGCGGUGGGCGCCGUGUCGCUCUGCCAGGUCCGGCUCAACAAGCGGCAGGAGUACAUGGUCACAUAAAGAGCCGCAGCCGUGACCCCUGACGACCCGAGGGCCCGACGGCAGCCGGAGCUCAUUUUUCCUGCUCAAAAAGUUUACGUUAGUGUCACAUGACUUCCUUUUGUAGCGGACCAAUCAGCAGCUGACGUCACCGGAGGGGGGCGGGGUCAGGCUGAAUUAUUUAUUUUAAAGCUGAUGUGUUUGUUGUCGGCUGUGAUGUUCGUCGUUGUUGUUGGAUGAAACGUUAUGUUUAUGUUUUAUGUUGCGUUUAAACGGGUCGGUUUCUGUUAUCAAAUAAUUAAUAAAUAAUUAUAAAUGACAUCGUCUUCGGCGAAAGUGUUUCCUGUCAGCUGCUUUAAACAAUUUAACAUCUUAAUAAUGUUUGGUGACGCCCGAGUCUGCUUCAUCUGUUUUCAAUGAAUCUGCUGAAGCAGACUGAUCAGAAACAUCCAGGUGUCGACUCCACAGAGCUGCUGGCAGGAAAUCAAAAUGUUAAAAUAAUGAUAAAUAAAUGAUAAAGUGUUACUGUGGAUAAAACUGAAAGGUGUUUAACGUGACAAAUGAACGAUCGUGGAUAAUCCUUUGCAAUAAAGUAAGUGUGUUUAAAAACUAAAAA